AUGAUCAAGCAUUGUAUCCACAAACGGACGCUUUUCCAAACGUACUCCGGUCCGCCGCGAGUGCUGUACUCGAUAAACAAAACCUACCCCAAGCUAAUAUGGAACAAUCUCAUGCCGCAAAACUUGAAAUACUUGACUGCGCUUGGCACCGCCAUAAUCAGCUUCAUCAAGAUCCACCCCAAGUACUGGGUAACGCUAGGUCCGCCUAUAGCAGCAACAACGUACUUGCUUAACCGAUUCAGCAACAAGUCCACUUACAGGCACCACGCAGACAUAAUCCGCAACUCGCGCAACGCCACUGUAGUCAAGAUUCUCCCAUACCACGAAUCGCACCUUUACAACAUUCAAGCAGAGAUAGAGUCGCAGUACGAUUCGUUGCGUGUGCAACUAGUCGAUCUCGCAGAGAAACGAAUAUCGGCGUCGAUCUCAGCUACGCAAAUGACCGAUUUCGUCACGAGGGACCAGGUCAACAUCAACAUCCCCGCUGCGGAGAUUGAAACUUGGAUGCCUACGCAGGUUGCAUUGCAGAACGGUGCAAGCGACAGUAGCAAGCUUGUCGUUAUGCUGGUGCCGUAUUACGACUCCAAGAAUAAACGCACGAGGAAGCGGUUGGGCGUGGUGGUGGUUCAUGCUGCGCAGAAAGACGAGGUGGAGUGGAAAAUGGUUGUUGCUGUCACGCGACUACGGUGGUGGGGUGUGAAGGACGAAGAGGUGACUGGAGGGGGAGGAGCUGGUGGUGGUGAUAAAGGAGAGGUCUUGGAAAGUGACUUGUUUCUGCAGUUUGGGAAGGGAUGA